AUGGCUGGCCGCAAGAAAUCUAACCGAGCAGGAAAGGCCCCCAUUGUACCAACAAGCAACGGUUUUACCACUGAGCGCGCUGUCGGCGGCGAGCGUCGUUCGAUCCGCCACUACCACGAUGGGCGAGUAUCGCAACGAGAACCUCCUAUGCUUCCGGCCGUCCGAACACUAACCGAUAGCAAGGUCAUCUCGAGGAAAGGCAGCUCUAGAGCUCUCUCCAACACCCAGUCUGUUCCGAAGCCCAAGGAAGAGGAAUAUCGGUCCCCUACUCUCGCUGAAAUUGAGAAGCUUUCUGGUGCUGUUACUAAUAUCUUCCAGCCAGGAGGUUCUAAGCCCUUUGAGAAGAUCCCCAAGGAGACGGAGAAUAUUCCCGAGGAGACGGAGACUCCAGAAACAUGGAGCUGUGAUAGCUCCUAUGGCAUGAUUACCCCACCUUUGCCUGUAGACUCCCCUAUGCCUGAAGACUCACCCGAGCUAAUGAGCACCGAGGUUUUCCCCCUUCCAGUCACUUCUAACCCGGGUAACUCAGACGAGGAUGCUGACACUAUUUCUAGACAGUGGGCUGACCUGAGUGGGAAGGACCGCACUGGGCGUUCAGAUAUUUACGACUGA